GCGCCGCCGUCGUCGCGGUGCAUUGUGGGACUAAUUCCUCUCUCUUCUCUCAGCGGCGUGAGGCGGCUCGAGCCAUGUCCGGCUUCCGCGCUCUGGGCUUGGCGCCCUGGUUGGCGGCGCAGGCGGAGCAGCUGGGCCUGACGAGGCCCACCCCGGUGCAGGAGGCCUGUAUCCCGCCCGCGCUCCAAGGGCGCGACUGCAUGGGCUGUGCCAAGACAGGCAGCGGCAAGACAGCUGCGUUCGUGCUGCCCAUCCUGCAGAAACUCUCAGAAGACCCUUUUGGCAUCUUCUGCCUUGUGCUGACACCCACAAGAGAACUGGCCUAUCAGAUCGCCGAGCAGUUCCGGGUCCUGGGGAAGCCACUGGGCCUAAAGGAUUGCAUCAUUGUUGGCGGGAUGGAUAUGGUGGUGCAGGCCUUGGAGCUGUCUCGGAAACCCCACGUCGUCAUCGCAACCCCAGGCCGGCUGGCUGACCACCUCCGAAGCUCAGGCACCUUCAGCCUUCAAAAGAUCAAGUUCUUGGUCCUGGAUGAAGCUGACCGGCUGCUGGAGCAGGGGUGCACUGAUUUCACCAAAGACCUGGAAGUUAUCCUGGCGGCAGUUCCGGCCAGCAGGCAAACCAUGCUCUUCAGCGCGACCCUCACUGACACACUGCACGAGCUCAGGCAGAUCGCAAUGAACAAGCCGUUCUUCUGGGAGUCCACAUCGGAAGUACAGACGGUGGAGCAACUUGACCAGCGUUACCUGCUGGUGCCCGAGAAGGUCAAGGAUGCCUACCUCGUCUACCUGGUCCAGACAUUCCAGGACGAGCACCAAGACUGGUCCAUCAUCAUCUUCACCAACACCUGCAAGAACUGCCAAAUUCUGAAUAUGAUGCUCAGGAAGUUCAACUUCCCCUCGGUGGCUCUGCACUCCAUGAUGAAGCAGAAACAACGCUUUGCAGCUCUGGCCAAAUUCAAAUCCAGCGUCUUUAAGAUCCUCAUAGCUACAGACUUGGCUGCCAGGGGGCUAGACAUCCCCACAGUCCAAGUGGUCAUCAACCACAAUACGCCAGGGCUCCCCAAAAUCUACAUCCACAGGGUGGGCCGGACUGCCCGGGCAGGUCGAAAUGGCAUCGCCAUCACUCUGGUGACGCAGUACGACAUCCACCUGGUCCAUGCCAUCGAGGUGCAGAUCAAAAUGAAGCUGCAAGAGUUUUCGGUGGAGGAACGAACCGUGUUGAACAUCCUCACCCAAGUGAACGUUGUGCGACGGGAAUGCGAGAUUAGAUUGGAGGCAACUGAUUUUGACGAGAAGAAGGAAAUAAACAAGCGGAAACAGAUGAUCUUAGAAGGAAAGGACCCAGAUCUGGAAGCGCAGCGGAAAGCUGAGCUGGCGAAGAUCAGGAAGAAAAACGCCCAGUUCCGAAGUAGAGUCCAGCAGACGCUGGAGGAAAAGAAGCAUCUGCAGCUCCGGCACAAGCUGAGGAAGCGAGCGUGGCGACAGCCGGCCGUGGAGAAGUGAGGCUCGCCCACCUGCUCUUGCUGUCCAGGCGGCUGGUUCCUUCAAUCCGAUGCUGUUGCAGGGAGGGAGGGAGAAAGGGGUGCAUUUGCCCACAUCUUCUCCAUCCAGGACUAGCCGCAGGCAGGAUGGGUGCUCCGCAGCCGGGCCAUACUCUGCCACAUAUAAUUUAUUGGGGGGGGGGAGUUUCUGGGGAACAAACUCCUUCCUACAAGGAGUCAGGAACUAAAGGAUGCUGGGACUCCACACUUUCCAAGGAAUGAGAGAGGGAAUCUGAAUACGAAAAGGGGCACGUUAUGAUCUUCCAGAGGACAUUCACCGCUCUGCAGCGGUUAUGUUUUUGCCCAGAUGGGCAUCCCUUUCCUUGCAACUGAAGAGCCAUUUGAGUUGCUUCAGGUUCCUCAGGAUAGUCUGAAGAUCACCUUCAUGGUUCCUUGUGUCUGUCUCUUCUCUCAUGUUCCCUGGAUUUGCAAAGCAGCUGCACCGCCCACCUUAUCAUAAGAGAUCUUUGGUUUGCGUUCUUAAGAUGGCAGAAGUUCCUGCUCUUGUAGCAUUGGAAUUCAGCUGCUUUAGGUGUUACCUGUAGAAAAAUUGUGUUCAGCCAUGUGGGGAGGAAAUAAUCCGUGUUUCUAGCUCUCUUGAGGUGGCUGCACGUAUAUCUGAGGUUUAGAUAGUUUAGUUCCACAACAAGAAAAGCUGGAUUCUUCAACUGGUGGGUAUUUUAUUGCAAACUCUUGACAUUCUCAGGGUUUUAGUCCAGUCAUUAAAAGGCAGUUGGGAAUUGAACAGAUUGACUCCCCGUCACUAGGCCAAAAUAAAAAAUUGUGUGGCAGACCCUCCUUCCGCAGAACCAUUCCCCAUUCUAGUUGUGUCAGGUUGAGGGGAAGGGGCUGCUCUGUAACUCGGAUGACUUCAACCAACAGUUCCCAAACUUUGUGCCAAUAAAUACAGUUUACUGUGAACCCAAUGUAUUCAGAGAACCUUCUGAUGGUUCUCUGCAUGAGUCUCUGCUCUGGCUUUCCCUCCAGUCUUUGUAUGAAAACACAAGAUUGGGAACUUUUCUGAGGGCAGGUAGUUCUUCCUCUUAUACACUUUUCUUUUGGGGGCGGGGGGAGAGGAAGGCAGGGUAAAACUGAAAUGUGAAUUCACUUUCAGUCUGGAAAAAAAAAGACCCAAUGGGGUAGAUACUUUAACAAUAAAAAGGUGAAGAUUUCAGGAUUAUGUUUUUGGCCGUGGAAUACUCAGGCUUGCAUUAAAAUAAAAUAAAAAGUCAA